AUGCAAGAUUUCCGCCGAGAGCAUGAUGGGAUAUCAUCGGUUCCUGCAGCCGAGAGAAAAGAGGAGGCUGGAGACGACAAUGGGCAUGAGGGAGAUCAACCUCGCAGGUUAUUCCUUGUUGCAAAGGUCCAUUCGUACCAAGCAGGCGAGGCUGGGGUUUGGCGCCAAACAAGUGACUCGGUGGCAACCAUUGAGAGGAACCCGAUACAAUACGCACGAUCCUGGCCGAUCUGA